AUAAACCGACUAUCAGGAUGACCGAUGUCGUGAGCUUCAAAAAGCCUUCAAAGAAAGGAAGGCCAGCGGCUUUAAGGCAGAAAAGUCCGCCGAAGGAUAAUUCAAGAGAAAGCCACGAGAAAUCAUCAGUAGCCACAGUAAAAGACCGGAGAUCAGCCGUUAAAGGCGUUGGCAAGAAACGCCAGAGAGAGACCAGCAAGGGUGAAGAUAGCGACAACGAUCAAAGUGGCGGUGGCGUCGUCGACGUCGCCUGGUCCGCUACGAACUCAAAUGAUAACACGAUGAAUAGGAAUACAGCCGUUGUAGACCUAGACGCAGAAACGAUAGACGGUCCAAACUUGAAGAAAUACAAAGAGGGCGAUGAGGUCGAUGCACAGGAUCUCGAAGACGACGGAAUGUACAAAGGUCUGAACUCUUACACAAGCCACUUAAAGAAGAAACCAGAUAGCAGUAUGUCUGAUAAAUUCAAAGCUGGCCCUGUACGCGCACCCACGAACAUACGUCAGAUUACGAUCACUGAUUUCCAGCCUGACGUCUGUAAAGACUACAAAGAGACUGGUUGGUGUGGCUACGGUGAUACCUGUAAGUUCCUUCACGACCGUUCGGAUUAUAUGGCUGGCUGGCAACUCGACCAAGCCUGGAAUAAAAUGCAAGCUCAGAAGUCAGGGGCCGCUGCAUUCGAAGACGAUAGCGAUGAUAGUGAGGAUGAAGAUUUGCCAUUCGCAUGUCUCAUAACCCGUGAACCAUUCGUUGAUCCUGUCGUAACGAAAUGUGGACAUUACUUUGAGAAGAAGGCUGCUUUAAAAAGAUAUCAGAAGACACCUAAAUGUUAUGCCUGUGGUACACCAACAGGUGGCAUAUUUAACAAACCGAAACAUUUGAUAAAGAAGUUACAAGAGAGGGCAGCAAAAGAGGAAGCUGAAGCUCAAGAAGCUGACAGUGAUGAUAAUGGCAUAGAGGGUCUCGAAGAGAGGAACGAGACUUCUGAAGAAUAAAAUUUUAUCCAGUUAAAGUGUAAUAAUAUGGCAUGUACAAGUUUUUUU